AUGAGUGAUAUAAGUCAGAAAUGUUUCGGCAAAAAUGGUGGAUUUUCUAUAAGCUUUAAUCAAGACUAUACAUCGCUCUCCGUGGUAUCUAGGACGGGAUAUCGAUUGUUUUCGUUAGCAUCUGUUGAUCGUGUCGAUGAAAUCUUCUGCAGUCAUGACGAGGAUACAAAGAUUGCCGAGCGGCUGUUUAGUAGCAGCCUCGUUGCGGUUGUUACCGCAAGUGAACCGAACAAGCUUAAGGUGUGUCACUUCAAGAAGGGGGCGGAGAUCUGCAACUAUGGCUACCCGUCGGAGAUCCUGUCGGUGAAACUGAACCGAUCCCGGCUAGUGGUAUGCCUCGUGGACAGUAUUUACAUUCACAACAUCCGUGAUAUGAGACUGCUACAUUCCAUCAAGAACAUGGCGCCGAACCCGAGCGGUCUGUGUACGCUUUCGCUGCUGUCGCAUCUCGCCUACCCGGUGUCGACCGAGUGCGGCGAGCUGCAGAUCUUUGACGCGGCCAACCAGCUGCGCAGGUUGAAGCUGAAGGCGCACGAUUCACCGCUGUCGGCGCUGAACUUCUCCUACAACGGCGUCCUGCUGGCGACGGCCUCGGAGAAGGGCACCGUGAUUCGGGUGUUUUGCGUGAAGAACGGCCAGAAGGUGCACGAGUUCCGGCGGGGCGUAAAGCGUCACGUUAGCAUCGGCUCGCUUAACUUCAGCACCUGUGCGAGCUUUGUCGUGGCGAGCUCGAACACCGAAACCGUACAUAUCUUCCGGAUCGAUCCGAAAGCGAUCGAGCAGGCGGAACGGCGCCAGAGCAUUGCGGUGGAUGCGGCCGCUAGCAACACCAGCAGCUCGAGCGAUGAUGACGAAGCGAACGGAAGCGAACCGACCAAUGGGGCCGGUGCGGCUGGCGGCUGGGGUAUGGGCUUUCUGGCCAAAGCCGUCACUAGCUACCUGCCGACGAACGUCGUGACGGAUGUGUUUACGCAGGACCGGGCGUACGCAACGAUACAGCUGGCGGAGGCUGGCCUGCGGUAUGAGUGUGUGAUGGCGAAGCUGGAGAAGGAGACGCGCCUGCUGUUGGCGUGCGAGGACGGGUUCUUGUACAUUUACAGCUUCGAGGAUUCGAAGGGUGGCGAAUGUAAGCUCAUUCGUGCGCAUGAUCUCCGUACGCCAUUGCACGGCAUUACCGAGGUUGACAUCGUUGGCAAUGAAAACGAUGAAAAUACAAACAGCCUGAACGUGAACAUGACGAAAUCGAUGCUGCCCGCACCGGGCACAUAUGCGGGCGUGCUGAAGGGACGUCCGGCCGACCGGAUGUCAGCAGACUCCGACUGGUGUCACGAUCUGCGCGAAGCGGUAGAGUAUCCGGUAAAGGUUACGGUGCCGAUCUACGAUGAGAUGCAGUUCCCACCGGUGACGCCGAUCACCGUCGAAUGA